AUGUCGGUCGACUACCUCCUCCACGAGUCCUCCGUGGGCUAUGCAAUCUUCAAGGUCAAGCUCCAAUCCGACACCAUCGGCGCUCGUCUGAAGGAGGUGCAAGCUGCGCAUGAAGAUCUGUCAAAGUUCGGCAAGAUGAUCGAUCUUCUCAUGUUCGCUCCCUUCCAGGGUGCUAGCCAAGCCCUUGAGAACGCCAACGACAUUUCUGAGGGCAUCAUGAGCGAUUACCUGAAGACGACCUUGGAAUCGGCCUUGCCCAAGGCGGGAAAGAAGAACAAAAUCACGUUGGGUGUCGGAGACAAGAACUUGGCAGGUAGCAUCAAGGGUGGCUUGAAUGGACUUGAGUGCGAGACACCAGAGACGAGCGAGCUUGCCGGAGACCUGCUGCGAGGACUUCGACUGCACGCGGAGAAGCUUCUGAAGCAGCUCCAGACGGGCGACAUCUCUCGUGCUCAGCUUGGUCUUGGUCACGCCUACUCGCGCGCAAAGGUCAAGUUCAGCGUGCAGAAGAACGACAACCACAUCAUCCAAGCCAUCGCCACGAUCGACCAUCUCGACAAGGCUGUGAACACGUUCUCCAUGAGAGUGCGAGAAUGGUAUGGCUGGCACUUCCCUGAGCUUGUCAAGAUUGUUAGUGAAAACCACAAGUACGCACAAUGCGCGCUCUUCAUCGGCGACAAGAAGACUCUUUCCGAGGACAGUCUUCAUGAUCUGGCCAAGAUUGUCGACGACGAUGAAAGCAUUGCUCGUGCUAUUAUCGAGGCUGCGCGUGUGUCCAUGGGUCAAGAUAUCUCGGAGGCGGAUAUGGAGAAUGUCAUGAUGUUCGCAAGAAGAACCGCUGAGCUCACGGCUUACCGAAAGUCGCUGGGCAACUACCUCGUUGCGAAGAUGGGAAUCGUUGCUCCUAACCUUGCAGCUCUUAUUGGUGAGACUGUUGGUGCUCGUCUGAUCUCCCACGCCGGCUCCCUCACCAACCUUGCGAAAUACCCGGCUUCUACGGUCCAGAUUCUAGGUGCGGAGAAGGCGCUUUUCAGAGCACUCAAGACCAAGGGCAACACUCCAAAAUAUGGUCUCAUCUACCACUCGUCAUUCAUCGGCAAGGCCGGCCAGAAGAACAAGGGCAGAAUAUCACGCUUCCUCGCCAACAAGACUUCUAUCGCCUCGCGUAUCGACAACUUCAGCAUGCAGCCGACCAGGAAGUUUGGUGAGGCACUACGAGCUCAGGUUGAUGAGAGAUUACGAUUCUAUUCAGAGGGCAUCAACCCAACCAAGAACGCAGAUGCAAUGAAAGCCGCAAUGGACGCUACUCUCGCCUCAAUGGACAUCGACGACCCGACUGCUGCUGGUGCUGAAGAGGAAAUCUCAGCACCAGGUGUCACUUCGCAAGCGGUUGAACAGAAGCAACGCAAGGAGAAGAAGAAAGAAAAGAAGUCCAAGUCUGCGGAUGUCGAGAUGGUCGACGUUGACGACAAGGCUGCGAAGAAGGACAAGAAGAAGCAGAAGAAGCAGGAGGCAGAAUCUGCCAUGGACAUUGAUGAGGAUGUGGUCAAGGCUAAGCUUAAGAAGGAGAAGAAGGAGAAGCGGAAGGUCGAGGCACUGGUGUCAGGAGAAGUGCCAGAUGAGCAGAUCAAGAAGAAAAAGAAGAAGAGCCAGGCCGAGUAG